AUGCGUCUAGGUAUCAUUACUUUAUGUUUCUGCAUGCUGUAUGGCACCUUAUCUUAUCCACCAUCCCUCUUGCCUGAGCUCAUUUCACCGAAAAUGAUCAUGGCUGCCAAGGUUAAUACACAGGCUUCUUCGGGCUAUCGUGCUUUACUGAUCGUUCUUGCCUUUGUCGUGGUUUCUGCUUGUUAUGCAGAAGAAAGAUCGGUGUACUUGGUCUUAAUGGAAGGAGAGGCAGUUGCAUUUCAUGGAAGCCAUUUAUCUCAUGGAGGAAGAAAAAUUUUUGUAUGGAUGGUUAGUGAAGUUUCCAGGGCUCAUGCAAAGCACUUGGUGGAUUCUCAUGACCAACUUCUACAAAGCAAUCUAGAAACUGGAAGCUACAACAAGCUUUACAGCUUCAAACACAUUGUUAAUGGCUUUUCUGUCCACACAACCCCUUCUCAGGCAAACAAAUUGAAAGAUGCACCUGGAGUGAAGCUGGUGGAGAAAGAUAGAGGAGCCAAAUUGAUGACAACUUACACUCCUCAAUUCCUAGGGUUACCUCAAGGAGUGUGGGCAACGGAAGGAGGAGACAAAGAUGCAGGUGAAGGGAUUGUUAUUGGUUUUGUUGACACAGGAAUCACCCCAAAACAUCCAAGUUUUGCUUAUGAUCUCUUGAAUCCUUUCAAAUCAAAUAUUUCUCAUUUUUCGGGUGCUUGCGAAACGGGGACUAGAUUCCCGUCUAGUUCUUGCAAUGGGAAGAUAGUGUCAGCUAGGUACUUCUCAGCUGGAGCUCAAGCAAUUGCUACUCUUAACACCUCAGUGGACUUCCUCUCACCCUUUGAUGCUGUUGGGCAUGGCAGUCAUGUGGCCUCAAUUGCUGCUGGAAAUACUGGCGUUCCAGUGGUUGUGGAUGGCUUCUAUUAUGGGCAAGCUAGUGGGAUGGCUCCACGCGCACGAAUUGCUGUUUAUAAGGCGGUAUAUCCAACAGUGGGAACUAUAACAGACGUGGUUGCAGCAAUAGAUCAAGCAACAAUGGAUGGAGUGGACGUAUUAACGCUCUCAGUUGGACCAGAUGAACCCCCAGAAGACACCAUAACAUUCUUAAGCGUGUUUGAUGUUUUCUUGUUAUUUGCUCGACGAGCAGGAGUUUUCAUUGCGCAAGCUGCAGGUAACCACGGGCCAGACGUUUCAACUGUUGUAUCUUACAGCGCUUGGGCUGUGGGCGUAGCUGCUUGCAGCACAGACCGAAGUUACCCUGGUUCUCUUCUUCUUGGAAAUGGUCAAAAAGUUGGAGGUGUAGGUUUAUCAGGACCUACUUUUGGAGCUGGGUUGUUUCUAUAUAAGCUGGUGCUGGCUAAAGAUGCUGUUAGGGUAAGUGGGACAUUCCCAAGGACUCCACCAUAUGUCGAAGAAUGUCAAUUUCCAGAAGCAUUCGAUCCUAUUCUUGUGCGAGGCAGAAUUGUCAUCUGUGUCUUCUCAUCUGGCUUCUAUAAUGGAACAUCAAACAUCGAUGCCGUUAUCAACACAGCAAGAACUCUUGGAUUUAUGGGUUUUGCUUUUGUUGCAAACCCGGUCUAUGGUGAUUUCAUUGCAGAACCUAUUCCUUUCGCCGUUUCAGGCAUCAUGAUCCCCAAAGUUGCUGAUGCACAGAUCAUAUCUCAGUACUAUGAGCAAAAUAUCCGGAGGGAUAAGAGAGGACUUGUGUCUCAAUAUUGUGCAAAAGCAGCCAUAGGAGAGGGUAGGGUUGCAUCUUUUGUUGGGCAAGCACCUAUCGUCAGCAGAUUCUCUUCCAGGGGACCAGAUUUUGUUGACAUUAACAGGAAGCCUGCUGAUGUACUUAAACCAGAUAUUCUUGCCCCUGGACACCAAAUAUGGGCAGCUUGGAGCCCCCUCAGUGCCUUAGAUCCUAUACUAACUGGAUACCAUUUUGCGCUACUGUCUGGCACUAGCAUGGCAACACCUCAUAUAGUGGGAAUAGCAGCACUCAUCAAGCAAUAUAAUCCUUCAUGGACUCCAUCCAUGAUUGCAUCAGCCAUCUCCACCACUGCCACCAAGUAUGACAAUCGUGGAGAACUCAUACUGGCAGAAGGAUCUUAUCUCGAUAGCUACAAUCCCUCCACUUAUUUCGAUUUUGGUGCCGGCCUUGUGUAUCCUGCUCGAGCUAUUGAUCCUGGCCUGGUCUUAUCCUCAGAAUUUGAAGACUACAUAAGCUUUUUGUGCUCAUUGCCUGGUAUUGAUUGGUCUGCAAUCAAAGCUGCAACUGGAGAGUGGUGCAAUCGAACACUUAGCUAUCCAGUGCCAGCCAACCUGAACCUACCUUCGGUGACGAUAUCGGCACUAAGAAACUCUCUAACAGUCAAGCGGAGUCUGAAGAAUGUAGGCAGCAGAUCAGAAACGUACUCAUGCUCAGUCCUAUCACCUAAUGGGACUAUCGUUAACCUGUCUCCAACUCGGUUUAGAGUAGCUCCACAAGGAAUACAAGUUAUUGAGAUACAGUUUCGAGUGGUCCAAGCUGUGGGUGAGUUUAGCUUUGGUGAAAUUGUUCUAACAGGAAGUUUAACUCAUAUUGUCAGACUACCAUUAUCAGUUUUGCCUGUUUGA